ACCGUUUGGACUGUGUGUGUUGGUAGGAGAACUGUGUUGCAUUGUGUCAGAUUUGGAAUUAUUAGAUGAACUUCGAGCUGUUGUGAUUAGAAAUGUUUGUGUUAUGUUAUUUAGUGUCACAUUGUUUGUGUGGUCACUAGUUCAACAAUGCAUUUUAUAAGAUAGGUUUCAAGAGGAGUGUGUGAAAUCAAGUGUCAAAGCUCAUGCAUGUUGUGGGGGGUGCUGCAUUAACGCACCAAGAACAAACUCACUACUCCGAAGACCCGUCGCCUCCAGAUCAACAGAGCGAUAAUGCACGUGCUUCAGAUUCAACCAAUUCUGAUGACAGCCACUUGGAAGAAGUUCAGUUGGAUGAUAAUGGGAAUAAUGGGUCCAGUCAGGAUGUGGAAGAAACGGAAGAAGACACUGAGGGAAAAGAGAAGGGAAAUAGUGAAGAGUUUAAUUUUGAAGAUCAUCAGAAGAAAAGAACUCUAGAACACUGUCGACUAGUUAGUCCAUUUAUUGAUACUCACGCUAUGGACAAAUCCGAGCUGCUAGAAAACUUACAGAUGUUUCGUGUUGAAGAUAAAGGUGGGAGAAGUCAGAAUGAUAAUGACAACAGGAAUUUUGAAAAUUUAAGUGAUACUAAUGUCAGAAAGGAAGAUGAAGCUACAUUUGUCAUUGAUAGACAGAAUUUGAGUGAUGGAGUGAAUGCACUUGAUGACAAAGUCGAACAGAUAUGCACCAUUAAUAACAGUGGUGUAAUUGGUCACUUAUGCAGUGAUGAAGAUACACAGUACAGAAGCGUGGACGGAAGUAUUGCUAGUGUACAAAGUCAUGAAAAUAUGGGGGAAAAUGAUGCAGAACUAGUAUUGAAUAGCAAAUGUAAAUCUCAUAGCAGGACGUUGAGGGCAUCUGAAUGGCAAGACUGUUUCAGUGGAAAUCAGCUUGUUGUUGUGAACCAAGGACAUGAUGUUGUGGACAGUGUCUUACGGCAGGGCCAUCAAGAGCACCUUCAUCUGAAAUGGCAUCUUCAGCAGCAAGUCAAUCCACGGGAUUGGAUUUCUCUUUGCAGUCUGAAUGAACGCGAUCCGUCCAAAUGGCUGGCCUGCCUGAGUGAGGGCAGAGUGGGAACCAGUUCCACGGGAGAGGCCAUGUGGCUGCUGGAUCUCUCACAGCCAGCGCUGACCCAUCAAGAAUGUGGGAAGCUGAUGUGUUUCCGAUACUACAGUGGUUUGAGUCUGGCAUGCCUUGCACAGUCGGAGCCUCUUACUCUCCUGUCCAGCAGCAGUGUAAAGCCAUCUGCUGCUAAAGGGACCUUCCCAAGAAGCAGCCCUAUAUUAAACUUAAAGAAGAAAAGUGUUGCAAGCAUGGGAUGUGAAACGCCUCAGUCAGCUGUUAAAUGCAGAGAGUUACCAUCAUCUGAUCUUAUGCGAGUUAGGGGAAGCAAGAUUUUUGCAAAUAAUAGUUCUGAAAGUGAUUCAGAAGUUGAAACUUCAGCUAAGUACCGGAAACAGCGAAGUGUAAGACCGCUGAAAAAAAAAGUGGCUUUAGUGCAUGUUCCAGACAAAAGACUUGUGAAUGGAUAUCCACCACACCUGAAUGGCGGUGAGGGAGAGGAGUCUGACAAUUCAGACACAUCUUUGGUUCCCAGUCACAAGCUUCAGACGUGGAAUUCACAUGAAUCUGCACAGAGAACUCAUGAUCUAGAAGAUCGUUCCGGUGUUGUUGAAGAGCCAGUGACCUUACAUGAAAACGUGGAUUACUAUCCCAUUUGGACAAAAUCUCCCUUACCAUCAAAUAGCAGAGUUCUAGAGGAACAAGGAAAUGAAGAACUGAUGUCAGUUUAUGAGACAUUAUAUCCAUCGUCAAAUCCUCCACCUCCACCUUUACCCCCACGUGCGUUCCCUCCCAGUAGUUCUGGAGGAGUAAGAAACUCCAAACACCGCCCUUUAGAAAGGAUGAGGGCACUGCCUUAUCAAGGAGGUUGUGUUGUGGGGAAUCCUCCAGAAGUCCUUCGUCACCAUAAACCAGUGCCAGUAUUAGCAUCUACAGGUGAGAGCAAGCAAGACUGUACAAAUGGGAAAGUGAGGUAUAGACAUUUGCAAAAUCAACAAGGACCAAGCUUACCUCCAAAACCGAGGAAAUUAUUAAAUCCAGAAGACAGUUUUGCUUUUGAAAUAAUUGAUACUGAUGAACUGAGACCAGUCCCAACUAUGAACAUGGCUGUUAUGAGCUUUUCUAGUCAGAAUUCACAAAAGCCUCAUGCAAUGUCAUGUGCAGAGCUGAAAGAAACAGAGAGAUGUGAAGCUCAUGAGUUCAGUGCUGAUAAUGUCAUUCCUAAAAGCAAUAACAGUGAAACUCUUCCUCAUGCUCUCGGUGGUUCUUCAAGAAAGGCAAGCAGUGUUUGUAAGAAAUCUGAAGCAGGUGUGAAGGCAUGUGGCUCUGAUGAAUUGAAAGGCACUGAUGGGGCAAAAUCCACAUCAAGCAGUUUCCACAAGAGGCCAAUGAAAUUAACGGUGAGAGAUACUUCUUGUAAUGGUAAUGCCAGCAUGCAAACAAGUGAAGGUUUUCCCAUUGUUUCUGCCCCAUUAGCAACACCUGAACAAGACAGUAGUCUAGUUGAUAGUUCUUCGCUGGAAAAUCUCCUUGAUGAAGAAUAUGAUGCUGAUUUCCUAACACCAGACAAUGAGGAAGCUGCAGGACAGACUUACAUGUGUUCUUUACCAGAAAGUUUGUCCGGCAUGCAGCAUAAUAUUGCACCAGUGGAUUCUCCUGCCACUACAAAUGAAAACACUGAAUACCAAAGAUGUACACAUUCUUGGCCAGUAAAUGAUAUACAGGUUCUUUGUAAUGGUAACCAAAGCAAAGGGAGUAAAGGUGGUAUGUCUUCUAGUCAUGGAACUGACCAAGGUGUUGAGGGUGGUUCCUCAGAGGUCAGUAUAGGUGGUGCAUUAACAGAUGGUUAUUCUGGUUCAGAUGGUGGUAAACUUCACCUAUGCCUAUCAGCUUCUGAAAUUUCUGUAAUUACAAGGCUCCAAAAUUUCCCUUUUCAUGAUCCUCAGGUGGGAUCCACAAAUGCAGUCAGUUUCCAGGAUGUGUGUGAAAUGCCAGUCAUAGUCACAGACAUACCAAAUGGGGAAAAUCAGGCAGAAAUAACAGUAAGCCGUAAUAGUGUUCUGCCUGAUUCUGAUUUAAAUAACGUUUAUACCUCAUCUGUUUUAUCAGUGCCGAAUCCAUCAUCAUCAUCAUCAUCGUCAAUUUCACCUGCUUCACCAAAUUCAUUAUCUGAGUCUGGAAUGGCUCUUUCAUCUGCUACAGAAUGCAAUACAAGUUCCAGUUCUGAUACAAAUACAGUGGUUCUUAGCAUCUGUUGUUCAAAUACUGAUUCCUUGGGUGCUGGCUUUGUCGUUAGUGGAAAUACAGAUGUUACUAGUGAAUCUGGAGAAAGGGAGUUAAGUAACUUCAGUAAGAACAUUGGUUCACAGUCACAAGGUGAUGAAGCAGUUUCUUCUUGCAUUGUUAUUGUCGAUGUAGAUGAUGAGAAUACAACAGAAGAUAGUAAUGAGUUUGCUGAUGCUCACACAAAGGAGCUGGUGUCCUUCAGUAGUCCUUCACUGCGUACUCACAAGCCUUUGUCAAGGCAAGUCAGUCACCCACCUAUGACAUCACUUGGCCAGAGACCAGAACCAAGUGGAGCACAUUUCUGUGGUCCUGCAAGGUUACCUCUUCAACAUCAGAUUGGGAAUGAGAUCUUGGCCACUGUUCAACGUCCUCGUAACAGGGUUCUGAGUCGUGUGGCAGCCGUAACGAGUCCAACAGGCAUUCCCCAGUGUCCUCCCACACCCACACACCAUGCGCGCCCUAUGAAUAAGACACUCCAGGGCCAGGAGCUGCAGCUGUGUGCUGACAGAGGCGAACUCCUUGCUGCAGUAGCUGAUGCUGGUUCAGCAGUUGGCAAUGCCUGCGUCAUUUCUCCUAACUCCACUCAGGAAGGUGACAUUUCAGAUGAAGUGAGUAGUGCCCCUAUAAAUCAAGCACACAUGAGAGCCAGAGAAAACUGCUCUAUUCUUCCUGUAUGCCAUCUGACCACAACCCGGCUGCCUUCCAUCCCUGAGAGGUCAGGGAAAAACCAGAGGUUAGAGUUGCCAGCUGAAGAGGAAUCUCUGCCACCUUACUGGGAGGCCCGUAUUGACAGUCAUGGGCGUAUAUUUUAUAUUGACCACGUGAACAGGACUACCACAUGGCAGCGACCGACAUCCAGCUCAGUAGCACGGGCAAGGCCAAUCACCAAUGAGCUGCAGAGACAGCAGCUGGACAGAAGGUAUCAGAGUAUCCGUCGAACCAUCACAUCCAGACGACUUGACUGUGAGGAUGUUAUUUCUGGAAGUGGCGAUUGUGUUCAGGGUCACUCUCAGGCUGUGUCAACAAAUGGUAGCAGUGGCGGAGAGCAGCAGAGGUCACAGCAGCAUCCAGAUAUUGUGCACCACAUGCCUGCUGUGAGGUUUAUCUCCAGACCUGACUUCUUCUCAAUUCUGCACAUGAACCAGGAAGCACUAUCGCUUUAUAAUCGUAACGGUUCCCUGAAGCACAUGGUUUCCAAGAUCCGCCGAGAUCCACAAGCAUUUGAGCGCUAUCAACAUAAUCGAGACCUUGUUACAUUGGUCAAUUUGUUUGCUGAUUCAAUAAGAGAUCUUCCUCGAGGAUGGGAAACAAAGUUUGAUAGAAAUGGAAAGCAAUUCUUCAUUGAUCAUACAACCAAGACGACAACUUUCAUAGAUCCCCGUGUGCCGACUGAAUCCCUGUACCUGAAUCCGCACAAGUUUAUCUUGCCUGGGGCCCGGAGGAGAAGCAGGAGUGCGGGUGAGGAGGAGCUCAACCACUCCCGAGCACCAGUCCCCCCACCACGUCCCACAGUGAAUUGUGGGUGCAAUCCAAACAUAGCUUCCAGUUUGAGUGGUGCUUCUGUCCCACGUGUGCUGGCUCCUCCAGAUAUCCCCACAGCAUAUAAUGAGAAGGUAGUUGCAUUCCUUCGUCAGCCCAACAUAUUGGACAUCCUGAAGGAAAGGCAUGCAGUGGUGGGGACUUCACAGGGUCUUAGAGACAAGAUUAAUGCUGUUAGAGUUGAUGGAACCACAGCACUGGACCGCCUCAGUGAUGACAUUGAUCUCACCAUCUUACUGAGUUUGUUUGAACAGGAGAUUAUGAGCUAUGUGCCUGUGGUACCAGCACCAGCUCGAUCACCACGUGGUUCACCCCAGCUUUCACCCCAGGCAUCACCUGGAUUGUCACGGGCCAAUGCCCGGGCUCCUGCCCCCUACAGGAGAGAUUUUGAAGCAAAACUCAGGAACUUUUAUCGGAAGCUGGAGUCUAAAGGUUAUGGCCAAGGGCCAGGAAAACUCAAGCUGCACAUCCGUCGAGAGCACCUGCUGGAAGAUGCAUUCAACAAGAUCAUGGCUGCAUCAAAGAAAGAUCUACAGAAAUGCAAAUUGUAUGUGACAUUUGACAGGGAAGAAGGGCUUGACUAUGGUGGACCAUCACGAGAGUUCUUUUUCCUAUUGUCUCGAGAGCUAUUCAACCCAUAUUAUGGCCUGUUUGAAUAUUCAGCAAAUGAUACCUAUACUGUCCAGGUCUCGCCUAUGUCAGCUUUUGUGGACAAUCAACAUGAAUGGUUCCGGUUCAGUGGUCGAGUGCUUGGCCUUGCACUGGUGCAUCAAUACCUGCUGGAUGCAUUCUUCACACGACCAUUUUAUAAAGCUCUGUUGAGGCUACCUGUGUCCUUGAGUGAUUUGGAGUCCCUGGAUGGAGAAUUUCAUCAGAGUUUGCUAUGGAUCAAAGAAAAUGACAUAUCUAGUGAUUUACUGGACCUCACAUUUGCUGUCACCGAAGAACUCUUUGGUCAGGUGGUGGAACGAGAAUUGAAACCAGGUGGCAGAAAUAUCAGUGUUAAUGAAAAGAAUAAAAAGGAAUAUCUUGAGCGAGUGGUUCGAUGGCGGCUGGAGCGAGGUGUUGCAGACCAGACAGAGUCACUUGUGAGGGGUUUCUAUGAGGUGGUGGAUCCUCGCCUAGUGUCUGUUUUUGAUGCCCGUGAAUUGGAAUUGGUUAUUGCAGGCACAGCAGAGAUAGAUCUGUCAGACUGGAGGAAGAACACAGAGUACCGAUCAGGUUAUCAUGACAAUCAUCCUGUGAUACAGUGGUUCUGGACUGCCAUUGAACGGUUCAGCAAUGAACAGCGACUUCGAUUACUGCAGUUUGUUACUGGAACAUCAAGUAUUCCGUAUGAGGGAUUUGCAGCUCUUAGGGGUAGUACUGGACCUAGAAAGUUCUGUGUUGAGAAAUGGGGGAAACCAAACAGUUUACCGAGAGCUCACACUUGCUUCAACAGACUGGAUUUGCCGCCAUACCCAACACCUGAGAUUUUAUAUGAAAAGCUUCUGUUAGCUGUUGAGGAAACCAACACAUUUGGCAUCGAGUGAAAUAUAAAGCAUCAACCAAAGGUCUGAAUGUGAAUGUUGCCAUGGUAGAAAGUGGAACAAAGAUAUGAGAGGGUCAAUGCAAUAGAGUGGUUAGAAGUAUUGUGCAGAAUAUUGAAUGUAAGUCAGUCAUCAGUGAGUAGAGUUGACAUACUGGUACAUAUGUAAAUUGGUGGUAUAUUUGUUUUAUACUGUACCAUGUUCACAAAGUAAUCACAAUGACCAUUGACUGGUUGCUCGCUGUUUAAAAAUGUUAAUAAAAUUUUACACAGGUUAUGAACUUUUAUCUUGAUUUUAUAGAAUGGAAAUUAUAAAUUUUAAGUAUUAAUAAAGCACAUACAUGCAUGUCUUUUUAUAGUCAUAUAUUCUAACCUGUGGAAAAUGUUACAGGUUGCAUCUUUUGUGAAAAUAUUACAAAUUGAACAGUAUGAUCUGUUUCAAAAGCACUUAGUAAUUGUGUAUAAUGCCUUAUGUUUAAGAAACUCACACAUAGCAUAUGGUUUCACUUUGAUUAAAAGCACAAAAAUGUUGGUAACUUGUCAGCUGUUGCCAGUGAACUUGAAUUAUCUUUAAUCUUUUGCAGUCCAACAUACAGUAUUUGACACAUACAGCAGCACCAGAUACAUGAAAUUGUUAUACAGAGUGAUUCAGAAAGACGGACACAGUUUCAAUUGGCUAUAUUUCCUGAACUGUAUGUUGCAUUUGAAUUCUGUAAGUUACAUUUGAUUAUACAUACAUGGAAGUUUAUAGAUGUUCAAUGUGCCCCCCUCCGGCUGCAUGGAUAACAUCUAGAUGGUAGCUGAAUUCAUCCCACACUCGAUGACAAAUAUCUUGCGUCACUGAGUUCACCGCAGCUGUGAUAUGGUUUCUUAGGCCAUUCAAAUUUGUGUUAAGAGGUGGUACGUAAACUGCAUCUUUCACGAAUCGCCACAGGAGAAAUUCGCAGGGUGUGAGAUCAGGAGACCUAAGUGGCCAGAACUGACGCGCCAGGUCUUCAUUCCCCAUGCGACCUAUCCAUCGUUGAGGUAGAGAUUCAUUCAGGAAACGUCGAACAUUCAGGUGCCAAUGGGGUUGGGCUCCGUCCUGCUGGAAAAUGUAAUCUCCUGAAUCUCCAUUCAUUUGAGGAACAAGCCAGUUUUGCAGCAUUCUAAGAUACGUUACUCCAGUAACCGUGUUUUCAUCAAAAAAGAAAGGUCCAUAAACCUUUGUUAACGAUAUUGCACAGAACACAUUAACUUUUGGGCUGUCCCUCACAUGUUCGAGUGUUACACGGGGAUUUUGUAGCCCUCAUAUAUGAACAUUGUGCCUGUUGACAUUCCCACUUAGGUGAAACAUAGCUUCAUCGCUAAAAAUUACACGAGGCAGAAACAAUCCAUCUUCCAUGUUUUUGAGCAUACGGUCACAAAAUUCUACACGCUUUACCUUGUCGUUUGGGCGAAGAGCCUGUACCAGUUGUAGGUGGUAUGGUUUGUACACUAACCGGCGCUUCAAUACACGCCAGACAGUUGUUUGCGAUAGUCCAAGUUCUCAACUAGCACUACGGGUUGACUUCAUUGGGCUACACUCCAAGCUCACUCCAAUGUGCUCCACGUUCUCCUCCGAUACACGCAAUUGGCCCGGACUUUUGACCUUACACAGAGAACGAGUUUCAUCAAAUUGUUUAUUCCAACGAUAAAUGCUCUUCCUCGUUGGAGGUUGGAUGUUAAACUUACGAGGAAAUGCACGCUGCACCGCAGUCGCAGACUCACUUUUACUGAACUCACAAAUGCAAAAAAUCUUGUGUUGCAUUUUAGCCAAUCGCUUACAACUGACGCAGUGUUGGAGUGCUCUAGCGGUAGCAUUAUAAACUUUACUACAUCCUCUUUCAAAUGCAACAUACAGAUCAGGAAAUAUAGCCAAUUGAAAUUGUGUCCAUCUUUCUGAAUCACACUGUAUAAGUGUUAUUGCUAAUACAAGUGUUUUGCGACUAAUAAUCAUAUGCCACACUGUAUUCUUGGAAAGUAUGGUGCCUCUUGAAGCAUGCUGUGGGGUGAAGUCUUGGUGUCUUUGUGGUACACAUUCUGCAAAAAAUAGUCUAGUUUUCCUUCAUGCUUGUUCCCCUCAUUUCAAUAGUACAUUCCUUGUUCCUCUUUUCUGUGAAAAGUGAGGAAUCUUUUACAGACAGUCUUCUCUGUCUUGUAUCGCAGAUGGUUUUCCCAUUUUAGUUUUUUUCCUGAUCAUUUUCACCAUCUGUGACCAUUUUGCUGUGAUACUUGACUGAGUUGAACAUUUGUUGAGCACCAUGUAGUGUGACAUGGCUUUAGUCCACACCAAGAAAUAAUCUACUUUCACUGCAUUGUUUGACUUCAUCCACUGAGCUAUGAAAAUGCACUUUUGUUGCAGUUUUUCCCCAUAUUUUUAUUUAAAAUUGCAUUAUUUUAUGAAACUGGUGAGAAAAUAAUACAGUUAAAUGGUUAAUCGGCUGUUUUCUAAAUUUCGACUUUCAGUGUAAUGAACAGUAUGAAGCUGAUUUGCACCAGUCAUAAUUAAGAGCCAGAAAAACAUUUUUCUGUGCCACUUCAGUGAUUUUCUGCCAGAGUUGUAACUUGCAUCAUAGUGGUUUGUAUACUUGGUCUGACGAUAAAUUUCAAGAACUCGUCGUGGUAAAAGUGCUACAUGCCUCAUUGCUGUGAAUAUCAACCAUGGCGGCCUUCAGAGUACUCCCCUUGGGAAGUGAUGCACCAAUGCCAGCGCCUAGUCCACCCUUCGAAACAAUUUUGGAACUUGUUUU